CGGAUCAGGCGGAGGAGCUCCGUCAUAUGCCGCUGGUGCCACAGAGGCUGAUGAGGGAUGGUGGCGGCGCCGGCGGUGGCCGGAAGCGCCUGUCGAAGCAGCUUUCGAUGUGCGAGACGUCCCGCGACGUGGCGUGGGAGAAGCGGCGCCGCCAGUUCCUCCUCCUCCAGGAGCGGCGGAGGAACGGCAUCAUGAUGAGCAACGGCGAGGGUGAGAAUGAGCUGACGGACGAGGACCUGAGCGAGCUGAAAGGUUGUAUUGAGCUAGGGUUUGGGUUCAAUGAGGAGGAUGGUCAGAAGUUGUGUGGAACUUUGCCGGCUCUUGACCUUUAUUUCGCCGUCAACCGGCAGAUCUCGUUGAGCCCGGUGUCUACGCCGAAAAGCCGGUUGUCGACAUCGUCAUCGAGCGCAGGGCGGUCUUCGCCGUUCGGAAGCCCCAGGAGCGACUCGGACACGUGGAAGAUCUGCAGCCCAGGUGAUGAUCCGGAACAAGUGAAGACGAAGUUAAGGCAUUGGGCUCAAGCUGUAGCUUGUUCGGUGAUGCAGUCAUAUCCAUGAUCAUGGCUUGUUUUAGCCAAAAUUAUUAGAAACAAAGU